GCUUGAGUUAAUUCCGGCUUCAAGAAAGUUUUGGAAAACACGGAGAGUGAAGAAGGACAAAAUGGCGGACGAGGAGGAAAUACUUAAGGAAGGAAAGGCCAGGACGAUAGAAAGAAUGAAUAUCAUACAAGAACCACUUCAACUCACAGACACUUCCAAAACGCAGCAUUCAAAACAGGACCCUCAUAUUACAUUAUCUUCAUCAAGAAUAAUAUACCUACCAUGUCUACCGACCGAUCUAAUCCUGCCCUGGCAUACACUUUGCCCUUUCAGCUCACCAAGAAAAUCCAUCGAGCCGUUCCCACAGAGCUAAACCCGGAGAACUCUGAAAACUCUGCCAAGGGAAAGAUCAUUGUAAUUACCGGUGGAGGGACGGGCAUUGGAGCUGCCGCCGCUAGGGUAUGGGUUCGUGCAGGCGCUGAAGGUGUCGUGAUAGCUGGCCGCAGGGAGGACGUCCUCGAGAAAACGGCGAAGGAGUUGAAGGCUUUGAGCAAGGGAGCCACUAAGAUCCUUGCAGUUCGCACCGAUAUCACAAAGGAGAAGGACACCGACAACCUCUUCGCCCAGGUUAAAGAGAGCUUUGGUCGUCCGGCAGAGGUUGUACUCGCCAAUGCUGCAGCCUUAAGCACUUUACAGAGACCACAUGAGGAAACAGUAGAAAAUUGGUGGAAGAUCUACGAAAUCAAUAUGUUAGGGACGCACAACACAGCGAUGAGCUUCAUUAGAAGUCAACCCAACCCUAGCGAACCAGUUGGAAGCCUUAUCUCAGUCAACAGCGGUUUAGCAGGAAUGCUAGAGCCGCUAGUGUCUGCGUACUCGACCUCCAAGCUGGCGGUCCAGAGGUACAUGGAAUAUCUGAAUCUAGAGUAUCCCACCUUACGCGUGUUCUCGUUGAUGCCGGGCAUCGUUGCUACAGAGAUGGCUGCUACAUCCUUUUUGCCUUACGCUAAAGACGACGCCGAGCAAACGGGGGCACUUGCCUUGUACCUGUCAUCUCCCCGCGCUGAUUACCUGAAGGGUUCCAUGACGAGCAUCAAUUGGGACAUUGACGAGAUGGAAGCACACAAGGGAGAGAUAGAGAAGGGCCUCCUCAAGAUUAAAUGGCAUCCCAUACUUCCAGUAAGUGGUGGCAGUGGGUUCUAG